AUGACAAAAGAACAAUGGAUCGCCGACGCCUUCGAUGAGGUCAAACGCGAGAACAAGCUGUGGGACGGGUAUUCUUGGAAUAUGUGGAUCGGGCUUCACGGUUCUGACGCGAAGGUUCGACCCGAUCCUAGCCAGUGGUACGUCGACCGGGACAUGAAGCACUACUACCGGAAUUGGGCCUCGAAGCAACCGGACAACUACUGGGGGACCAAGCGGGAAGCUUGUGCUUAUAUGUACAUCCGCGAAUCGUUCAUCAAUCACGCAGCCAACCCCUGGGACCCGGCCACGUGGAACGACUGGGAGUGCAGCAAGACCAUGUUCGCCGCCGUCUGCGAGCAGAGCGUGAUGACCUCCGGCCAGGGUUGCAUCAAAUCGAAGCUGGCAUUGCAG